CGCGCCAAACAAAGCUCCAUGUGCAAACAGAGAAGAGGAGAGAAAAGUUUCAUCUUUCAGGUUUGUGAUGGAAUAAAAGUUUAAAAACACAAAUCUGGAGACGUGAAGUUUAACUUAAAGAAGCUUUGUUGGAUUAUCAGCUAAAAUAUAGAAGCUACACCGAAAACAUACAUUAAAGAAAGAGAUAAAAGAAGAAGAAGAAGGUGUUUAAAGUUUAAAGUCUCUCAGCUGCUGCAGGACCUAAACACUGUUUUUUAAAGAUGCUUCUUCGUGCUGCUGCUGUGUGACGAAGGAAAGAUGGACGAAGAGCGUCAAGAAAGGAGAGAAGAGGAGGAAGAGGAGGAGAGAACACUACAAACUCCAUCCAGUAGGAGAGAAGAAGAAGAAGAGGAGGAGGAGGAAGAGGAGAUGAUGAAGGCAGACGCCAAAAACAAAGCGAUUGGUGGACACACUCCGAUCUCCACCUCCUCCUCCUUCAUCUCCCUCCCUUUCCUCUCCUCCUCUCUGUGCCGAGUAAGAGGAGGAGGAGGAGGUGAGGAGGAGAAUGGAGAGGAAGACGAGGUCAGAGUCGCCAUAGUCACCAUCGAGGACGAGUCCUGUCCGUCCGAGCCGUUCGGCACCGCCCACCUGGAAACGACCAAUCAGAUCACACGGACGGAGGACGGAGAGACUGAAGGAGAGAAGAAAGAGGAUGAGGAGGAGGCAAACAGUGAUGAAAGAGAGGAGGAAGAGGAGGAGAACGCAGAGGUGACGUCACCAUCAUCGCUUCACCUGCAGAACCAGAUGAAGAGGAAGUUGGAUCACGGUCCAGACGGCCGGCCGUUCCCUUCAGGGAAGAAGCACUGCAAAGGCAAAGGAUACCUCAGUCCCGCCAGUCUGGUUCAGGCCACCACACCAACAACGUUCGGCGACCUGCGGCUGGCCAAUGGGCAUUCGGCUCAGCGGCGGCGCGUCACCUCGGGCCCGCCUCCCUCUGGCCUGCAGGACUGGCUUCACAUCUUCCAGACAUGGAGCGGUCCUGAGAGGCUGUUGGCUCUGGACGAGUUGAUUGACAGGUGUGAAACCAAUCAGGUGAAGCACAUGAUGCAGGUCAUCGAGCCUCAGUUCCAGAGAGACUUCAUAUCUCUGCUGCCCAAAGAGUUGGCUCUGUACGUGCUGACCUUCCUGGCUCCCAAAGACCUGCUGCAGGCCGCUCAGACCUGCAGGUACUGGAGGAUCCUGGCUGAAGACAACCUGCUGUGGAGGGAGAAGUGCCGUGAAGAAGGUGUGUCAGAGUAUGCGUCGUCUCACCGCAGGAAGUGCGCGCGGCCGGGUGUGGCGGUCAGUCCGUGGAAAUCGGCCUUCAUCAGACAACACCGCAUCGAGAACAACUGGAGGAAGGGGGACACGCGAGAACCCAUGGAGUUGAAAGGUCACGACGAUCACGUGAUCACAUGUCUGCAGUUCAGCGGCGACCUCAUCGUCAGCGGCUCCGACGACAACACGCUCAAAGUCUGGUCCGCCAUCACCGGCAAGUGUCUGCGGACGCUGACGGGUCACACCGGCGGUGUGUGGUGCAGUCAGAUGACGGUCGCCACGGUGAUCAGCGGCUCCACCGACCGGACGCUGCGCGUGUGGGAUGCCGAGAGCGGCGAGUGCGUCCACACGCUGUACGGACACACGUCCACCGUGCGCUGCAUGCAUCUCCACGGCAACCGGGUGGUGUCAGGCUCUCGGGACACGACGCUGCGGAUGUGGGACAUGACGACGGGCCGCUGCGAGCACGUGCUGACGGGCCACGUGGCGGCGGUGCGCUGCGUCCAGUACGACGGGCGCCGCGUGGUGUCGGGCGGCUACGACUACAUGGUGAAGGUGUGGGACCCCGAGACGGAGGCGUGUCUGCACACGCUGCAGGGACACACCAACAGAGUGUACUCGCUGCAGUUUGACGGCGUGUUCGUGGUCAGCGGCUCGUUGGACACUUCAAUCAGAGUCUGGGACGCAGAGACAGGCGGGUGUGUCCACACGCUGACGGGCCACCAAUCACUGACCAGCGGCAUGGAGCUGCGUGACAACAUCUUGGCGUCCGGGAACGCCGACUCGACGGUCCGAGUGUGGGACGUCCGGACGGGACAGUGUCUCCACACGCUGCAAGGUCCCAACAAGCACCAGUCGGCGGUGACGUGCCUGCAGUUCUGCCGAGGUCUGGUUCUGUCCAGCUCCGACGACGGGACGGUCAAACUGUGGGACCUGAGGACCGGAGCCUGGCUGCGAGACGUGGUGGCCCUGCAGAGCCGGGGAUCAGGUGGCGUCGUGUGGCGAAUCAGAGCGUCCGACACUCGGCUGGUGUGCGCCGCCGGCAGCCGGAACGGGACGGAGGAGACCAAACUGCUGGUGCUGGACUUCGACCUGGACGACAGGAAGAAGGAGACGGAGUGAAGUGACGACGCCAUUAAAAAGAAGAUUUGGGAGUUUUAAGUCAUGACAGUCAUGAAGACAGUUAUGAAUGUCACAUCACGUCCCGAUUGGCUGGACACAUUACACGAGGGACACCUGGACGGACAAAAACAUCCACCACGACCUGGAUGAUUCACCAAAAGGCCGAGAUGAGAAAGAAAAACAUUAAAAAUCUGGCGACAAAUGAAUGUCUUUGACGCUUUUAACGGACAGAAAAACGACCACCGGUGAAUGUUUGACGAACACACGGGACGGAUAUGAGAAGAAGUUUAAGAGAAGACGAUGGAUUUUUAUAGACGGACGGUUGAAUGUAACCAACGGAGGGACGAGGGACUUUUAUUGCUGCUGAACCAAUGAGGAGCUCGGCGGCGGCGACGGCGGCGUUUAAUCCAAAUGAACCAAAUCUUGAAGGGCGGAGCGACUUUUUGACGCGACGUAGACGGGCGACGUUGAGUCAGUUUUGUUUUCAAACCAACUGUCACACGUUUUUUUUUUGUUUUUUUUACAUAGUUGCCGAUAAAGUUGCCCGUCUCCGUUGCCUCUACUUUGUGUAUUGUAAAUUGUGAGCCGACGGCGGCGCAGGAAAACGCUGGCCGUUAUCUCAACUGGUGAAACCGUGAAAAGUGGCGUGCCAUCCAGCAAAAGAAGACUAAACUGGAAACCAGUAUAAUCCCGCCACAACCAGAGCCUCUCAUCUGCUAAACAAACCCUCGCUUUGAUUCCAGCUUUACGCCGGUUUUUAAAAAGUAAAAACACGGUCAGAGGAGGAUUAAAUAGAAUCACUCAAAGCUGCUCGUCACCUCUUUAAAACCUUUUACAAGUUCACUGCAUAUUAAAUCACUCACGUUCCACUGAUUUAUGGCGCCGUUUGGCUCAGAAUGAAAACCCCCUCGGGUCUCCGUAUUCCUGCCAAAAAGUGAAAGUAAACGCAGAAAAACGUGCCACAUUGUUAAUGUUAUUAAUAAUAACAGCUGAGCUUCUCCUGCUGCGACGAGUCAAAGAAAACAUCUGUAGCUUCACCGAACACUAAAUCACUAGAGUUUUAUGUUCCAAGAUUUAUUAAUUAGUGCUGCUAAAUGUCAUUUUUUAUUCCUACAAAUUUAAUUAAAAUCAGAAAAACAGGUUUAAUGAACCAACUUCACUCUUAAACUUGCUUUUUCAAUUAUUUUACUCAUUAACUCACCUUUUUCAGUGAUUUCUGUUAUACUUUUGCUCAUAAUUUAACCCUAAAAAUUAAUUAAUUAAUUAACCGGACAAUUAAUGUUAGUUUAUUAAUAUUAAUAAUAUUAUUUAGCAGUAAAAUUAAUACUCCGAAAGACUAAGGAAGCAAAGAAAGGCCAUUUCAUUUUAUACACAACUAAUCACUUAAUUAAUUAAAAUCACAAAAAAACAGGUUUAAUGAACUUCACUGUUAAACCUGCUUUUUAAAUAAUUUUUACUCAUUUAGUUUUUCAGUGAUUUCUGUUAAUUUAACUUUAAAAAUUAAUUAAUUAAUUAAUUAGCAGGAACAUAGAUAUUAAUUAAUUAUUAUUAUUGUUAUUAACAUUAAUUUAGGCCAUAUAAUCUUAUACGCAACUGAUCACUUAAUUAUUCAAUUUAAUCACUACUGAAUACUUUAAUGGUGAGAUAUAAAAUGGCACUGAAUUUAUAGCAUUAAUAUUUCACUUUGAAAAUCAUCUGGAUUUAUGUAAUUCUUUAAUUUCCAAAACUUGAAUAACCCUUUAGAAAUUUAAAAAUCACAUAAAUUCAGAUGGAUUUCAAAGUGAAAUAUUAAUUCUAUAAAAAAAAGUUUUAUUUCACAAUUUUAAAAAAUGCAUAAAAUUAAAUGAUUUUGUCCUUUCUAUGCUUCCAUACAGAUCUUUGAUUCAUUUGUUUUCAGCCAUUUUUUUUAACCUAAAUCUCUAAAGGGUCACUCCUCAUGUUUCUCCUCAGCUUAUAAAUUAUUAGUAAACAUAUAAAUGAUUUAAAAAACAACUCCUCAUAGCGGAUAUUAAUCCGAUAUAAGCUGCCGUUGCCAGGCAACACCUCCAGCCAAUAAGCAGAGGUUUGGGUGAUGUUUCCCCCGGCAACAGGUGGUAUUUCAGGCGGUGAAGUUUGACCUUUUCUGCGGGUGUGAGGCUCUGAUGGUGUAAAAUACUGUAAAUACAGAGAGGAUGUAAAUAUUCAGCUUUUUAUAAAGAAGAAAACAUAUUGUUCGUGGUGGAAAGAGACGGACGGAGGGAUGAAUGUGGAUCAAUAAAGAUGAGUUUUAUAAAA